CUCCGCGGGCGGCCAUGUUGGAUCGGCGGUCGCAGCGCAGCAGCGGGUGCGGGUCUAGCGGCGGCCGGUGUCAAGGGUUGUUUUUCCAGUAAUUUGGACCUUCCUGAAGCACCCACUUGCCUAAUGCCAUGAAUAUUGCAGUGAACAAUGUGGAAGAAAAAGCUGUCCAUUCCUGGUCAAGAAUUUCCUCUGCAGGACAGAAAGUGCUGGAGGAAGCCCUACGAGUCUUCAACCCGAUGUCCAAGGACCUUUCGGACACAGAGACCCAGCUGGUGGCCUUCAUUCAGGGCCUGAAGGAGGAGGGCUAUCAGCCCACAGUUCUGAGGAGUAAGGAUGUGUAUGGGUACAGCUCGUGCACGGCAGACACACCUAGUCAAACAAAAGAGAGCACCCCGCACAACUGCGCCAACGCUGCCGAGCCCACUAAGACUCCGGCUAGAAACACCGCAGCCAUGGCAAAGGUGUCUGCUUCGCCUACCAGCAUUUCGGUGAACUCUUCGAAAGUGUCCACUCAGCCUGUCUCUAAAGGGGAUUCCACAAAUCUCCUCUUGAGCUCCUUGAAGCAAACAAGAUCCGGCACGUCCAAGGCCACGGCAGUGGGCUUCCCUACAAGCAUGUAUCCUGACGUGUAUCCAGCCAUGAGACUGUCGGUAGUUCUGGAAGCUCUGGUGCCACUGAAAACUACCGUGCCCUGUUUGGAGUCCAAGUACACACAAGGGCGUCUUGGGAUCUCGCCCUCGGACCUUAAACUCCUCAAGGCUUCGAGUACACCGAGGCAGUUUUCUUCAGGCAAGACCACUAAAAUAACAGAAGGUAAGGGCUACAAGCGUUUGAUAAAGAAAGCACCGGAUUCUGCCACCCUUGCUUUAAAUCUUCUGAAGGGACCAAAGGGUGGAGUGCUGCAGGAGAGCAAUGCUUGCAAAGCCUCGGGAGUCCUCAACGGGAGAGUCACAGGCAGCUCAUCCCAGGGCUGCACCACAGCAGCGCAGUCCAAGACCCUGAAAAUUAAAGAUAAGGAAGCUCUGGUGGGGAAAACAGAGUGGAAGGACAGCAGCACUUACCGUGAGAGCGUUGGGCAGAAGAAGAGAAGAGCUACGGAGUCAAGAGAAGCACCACAGAGGAAGAAAGCAAAUACCAUUCCUAUCCAAAAUAAAUCUCGACGAGCUCAGAGCACUUUGAACCUGCUGAAAUUCCGGGCCAUCAAGGUGGGCAACUCUUCCUCUGAUGAUGAAGUGAGGAGGAGAGCACAGAAGAUUCUUAGGGUCAAUCUGUCCCCCGUGAUCCGAAUUCAGCCCUUGUCCCACUCUCACAGCGUCCCCUGAGUUUCUUCACUUUGUCACUUUUUUUGUAAGUAAGUAAAUACGAGCCUGGCAUCAGAGCAUGGGGAAGUUUAAGAGCAACUCUGGAUCUCUGGUGCCUGGUGACGGUAUGUCGACUAACCUGCAGACAGAGCAGCCUGCUCUCGUGCUGUUUCUGCCUGUCUACCACUGCUAUGGAGAACUGACUGCAGAAAUACAAAAACCUGUUCAGGAACAUGGGGUGAUGACUCUCGCCCAUUGCGAGCCGAGCAGGCUGGAGGGCUCGCUUCCCGCAGGCGCUCUUCUGAACGUGGCAGGCUGCGCUCUCGUGCAGGGGGAGAACACGGGACUUUCUCAUGACAUUGAUGCACUGUGAUAUUGCUGUUUUUCAAGCUGUACAUUUACUGGUUUUAUUUUGAUCAAAUUUUAUAACUUUAUUAUCUAUAUAUCUAUAUAUCCAUAUAUGUGCAUAUGGCCCAGGAACUGUGGGAAGAUGCUCUUCCUCCAUCCCUCUGGGAUUGGGUUCGAUAGCUUUUUUUCCCCCUCCCCUUCAGCCAGUCUUUUAAAGGUGCCAGGAUUUCUUUGUGAUUCAGUGCUGUGACAGUCUGUUCUGGGCUCUCUUGAGCAGCUCAGAGGCAGGCAGAGUUAUCGCUACUUGUUUGUCUCCAGAAAUGCCAAGCAAUUUGGAGAAUUACCAGCCGAUAGUUGACUACAGUUUUAAUCAUACUUUUGGUAUUACCUCUGCGUAAGAGUGGGGGAGUGUUACGGGGCUGCUGACGUCUCUAGGUGCCUCCUCCAUUCUAUGGUAGCAGAAGCUCUGAAUGCAUGGUAGGGGUUUGCUUCCAGAGAGCGAUUCCUCCUCAGCACUCAGUGUUGCUCUGCUCUCCUGUACCCCAGCUGCGGACAUAAAGCAUGAACUGUGACUAUUAGAGCUGAAGGGCUGGAGUUGUUAACAGGAAUUGCAUAAAGUGUCCUGUCCACCACGUAACUGCUUUGCUGUUGCUGGAUGUUUCAGGAGCAGGUUCUAGCUGCCAGUAGAGAAGACACAGGCUGUGUUUGAAUGUAUUAGAUACAUCCUGCCGGUCCCAGAGCUCAGUGGGGUAUUUGAGCCUGAAUUAAA